AUGCCAUCAGUGAUUGGCCAUGUCGAAUAUCAUCUUCUCCACAAUACUAAAAUUGGAAAUGAGAAAUUGAUGUGGAUUGCUGAUGCAUAUGGAAUGAAUGAGCUACUAGAGAAGACUGUUCGUCAAACAACUACUGUCGAAACGGCGAAGUUGUCGGAGGAUCCGAAGGAAGCGGUACUGUUAUCGAUGUGUAUCUCAAUUUCGCUGAACGCAUUGAAGUAG